CUUUCAUUAUUGGCUUUCUCUUUCCUUUCCGUCUAUCUCCCUCCUACAGUCUCUCUCUCUCCAUGGACGGCUCCUUGUUCCGACGGUCAAAGAGGCGAAGGGCGUCAUCUACUCAUCUUCAUAUGGUGUGCAAGAAGUGGUGAAAUCACCUCUGAUGGAGUCAAAUCUGGGUUCCACUAAUGGUAUGCCUGAAGCUUCUGAGGAGUCUCCUGCAACUUCCAUUGAUGUGAAUGUAGUUCUAGAGGAUGAUAAGCAUAAGCUUGAGCAGAGAAUCUUGACUUUAGAAGGGGAAAUUGUGAAUUUGAGACUAAAACAAAGAUCUUUGGAUGAAAAAAGAAGAGAAGCAUUGAAUAAGAUAAUAGACAUCAAAGGAAAUGAAGAUGGCAGGAUUCAAAAUGUGGUUCAAGAUAGUCCAAAGGAAAGCUGUCGGUGAGAUUGGACUUGGGGACAUCUUGAACUUGCAUGUUGAGGAUAUUCCAAAGCGCAUGGGGAGGUGUUUGCAUGCCGUAGAUAAUUUCAUGUUGAGCCUAUACUUUUCAGAUUAGAUUUGGUCAUAUUAUCUAAUCGUUUUUUAGUUUGAAUGUUGAGUUUUUUUUUACAUAGAUGUAAUAAAUACAUAUUUACGCAGAGUCUAUUAAAUUUAUUUAUUAUUAGUUAUCUUCGUUUAUUUAUUUGAUUCGUCAUAUGCACACACAAAUGGGUGUACACGCACUUGCAACAGCUCCAUAUCUUUGUAUUUUGGGAUCGCACAGUGUAAUGCACACAUUUAAGACCAAGAUUGCACACCUGCUCUUAGGCACGGUUAUUACCAUUUUACAUAACGUAUCAAAUUAUGGACGAGUAUUGGUUUGAGAUUAAAAACUACGUACACAAAAUGCUGACGCACUGCUAAUGUACUACGUAUUAUUUUAUGGUCGGUUAUUCGCUUGGGCAAAUUGAACUACUAUAACAUUUAAUGCACACACGACGUUUAUGUUAUAUGCACACUCAAAUGGAUGUUGU